UUAUAUUUAGGAACCAAGGAAAUAGGACAGAGGGAGUAUGACGUGGAUGUAGCAUUUUGGGAGUAGAAGAGUCCUACUUGACUACCACGGCCGCGCGUGGAAAGUAAACGUCGACACUACCCACCAAAAACGGACCAGCCAACAAAUCUCAUUCCGCCCAGUCCAUGGCGUGAGCAGAGCACUGAACACGAACAGAGCACAGUCCAAGUGGACGAGCAAUCUAGCCCCUGAUCCCCGCCAUGGACAGCGCCGGGUCCUCCUCCUCGCCGCUGCGCAUCGUGAUCGUCCCGUGGCUCGCGCUGGGCCACCUGCUCCCGUGCCUGGAGCUCGCCGAGCGGCUCGCCUCCCGGGGCCACCGCGUGUCCUACGUCUCCACGCCGCGCAACCUCGCGCGCCUCCCGCCGCCGGCGCCGCGCGUGGAGCUCGUCGCGCUCCCGCUGCCGCGCGUGGACGGCCUCCCCGACGGCGCCGAGUCCACCAACGACGUCCCGGCACACCAGCGGGAGCUCCACUGGAAGGCCUUCGACGGCCUCGCCGCGCCCUUCGCGGGGUUCCUGGCCGCCGCCUGCGUCGGCGAGGCCACGAGGCCUCACUGGGUAGUCGCCGACACCUUCCACCACUGGGCCGCCGCCGCCGCCCUCGAGCACCGUGUGCCGUGCGCGAUGCUCCCCCCGACCGCUGCUCUGAUCGCCACCGUGCUCAGUCACAGCCAGCCGUCGGAGCAUAGCGGACCUCCCCGUUACGAACGAGAGGGGAGGGAGCCGAUUUACAGCCACCAUGGCGUGUCGGGCAUGUCCAUCAUGGAGCGCCUGUUGUUGACGAAGGAGAGGUGCACGGUCGUGGCCAUCCGGAGCUGCGUCGAGUGGGAGCCCGAGUCGUUCCCGCUGGCGGCGACGAUCCUCGGCAAGCCGGUGGUUCCCCUCGGCCUUCUGCCGCCGUCAGCCUACGCAGCCCGCCGUGCCGCCGCCAACGGGGCAGAGCAUGCCACCGUGCACUGGCUGAACGCGCAACCUCCCGGCUCGGUGGUGUACGUGGCGAUGGGGAGCGAGGUGCCGCUGCGCGUGGAGCAGGUGCGCGAGCUGGCCCUCGGGCUGGAGCUCUCCGGGAUAGGCUUCCUCUGGGCUCUCAGGAAGCCCAGCGGCGCCGGCGCCGCCGUCCUCAACGCCGACAUCCUCCCUCCUGGUUUCCAAGAGCGCACGCGUGGCCAGGGGGUGGUGACCACGGAGUGGGUUCCGCAGAUGAGCAUCCUGGCGCACGCGGCCGUGGGCGGGUUCCUGACGCACUGCGGCCGGAGCUCGCUGAUCGAGGGCCUCCUGUUCGGGCACCCGCUCGUCAUGCUGCCCAUCUUCGGCGACCAAGGGCCCAACGCGCGGCAAAUGGAGGCGAAGACGGUGGGGCUUCAGGUGGCGAGGGACGAGGACGACGGCUCGUUCGACCGCCAUGGCGUCGCGGCGGCGGUCCGGGCCGUCAUGGUUGAGGGAGAGGCCAGGAGCGGCUUCUUGGCAGGCGCAGCGAAGAUGCAGGAGGUGGUAGCCGAUAGAGAGCGGCAUGAGAGAUACAUCGACGAGUUUGUACAGCAGCUUAGAUGUUACUCUGACGCAGGUGCAACAAACUGAUGGGAAUUUCACUGUUCUUAUUUGUGUGAAUCUCCCGGGUUGAGUCAUCAGCGUCAAACCUAAUGGCCGGCGUUGGAUGUUUAUCAGAUAUUCUCUAAAGCAUUCCAGACCUUCAGUGA